AUGGCGCCCACGACCGAGGAGCCCGCCCAAAAGAGAGGCCGCGGCAGACCCCCCAAGGUGCCCGGCGAGAAGAAGGUUUAUGUCCCCACGGGACGCCCCCGUGGCCGCCCCAAGGGCAGCGGAGGCGUCAAGAAGGCGACUACACCCAAGAAGCCCGCCGCCGCCACCGCCGCGGCCGGACGACGCGGCAGACCCAGGAAGAGCGACGCGCUUGAGGCCGCCGUUGCCGAUGCCACUGAGACGCCGGCCAAGAAAGGAACCCCGGGUCGUCGCGGCCGUCCCCGCAAAUCGGACGCGUCCACCGUUGCUCCCACCCCGAAGAAGGAGACCAAGAAGAAGGGCGGCAGGAAGAGCGAUGCGGCAAAAGAGAAGGAGUCGUCUCCGGCCGACUCGUCUUCGUCCGAAGAGGAAGCUAAGGCCCCUAGAGAUGUUGGCGUGAAGUCGCCCUCCGAGGCUGAGGACUCUGCCUAA